AUGUCGUCCGCCGCGUCCUUCACCCUGGAUGUCCCCACGGUCCUCUGUCUCGCGAUUUCCCUUUCCUUGAUGCCAAUUGCCUACGUCCUGAGCAAAACCCUUAUUCCAGCCAACAAGACCCGCAAUCGCAUCCUCUUCUUCUGGCACGCCUACGAUGCCCUUACCCACAUAUUCAUGGAGGGCUCCUUCCUUUAUGAGUGUUUCUUCAGCUAUACCACCGUCGCAGCCAGCAUCGCCACCGCAGAGCCAUAUUUCCUCAAUGACCCAACCCGCGUUUAUGGGGCCGCAUACGGAACUAGGCCUACCUCGCGCCUGUGGCAGGAAUACGCGAAGGCCGACCACCGUUGGGCUGGCGCCGAUCUGACCGUCGUCUCGCUGGAGUUGUUGACUGUCUUUCUCGGUGGUCCGGCAGCGAUUUACAUUUGUUAUCUGCUGUGCCGUUCAUCCAACGAGAAGAUCAGUGCCAAGUCUCGUGGUGGUGCUAAGGCGACCCUGUGGUUUGUCGCCACUGCGCUCGCUACCGCAGAGUUGUACGGCGGGUUCAUGACAUUUGCGCCGGAGUGGUUGACGGGAAGCUCGCAGCUGGCUACUGAGGAUCCAGUCUAUCUUUGGUUAUACUUGUUCUUUUUCAACACUCUCUGGGUCUUCGUUCCUCUGUGGGUGUUGUGGGAGGCAGCAAAAGAGCUGCGCGGUGCCUUUGUGGCAGCGGAGACCAGCAAUGAUCGCAAGAGCCAGUAA